GACGUCUAAGGAGCUCACGUACCCCGACACACGCACGAGCGCAGAACAAAGGGCCAAACAUGCUCAGAGCCCGCUCCGCCUCCUCCCCGCUCUCCUCGGCCCCGCUUACCUGCGCAGCAGCACCACAUGCUGAGCAGGAGCCCUUGCCAGCCAGGGACCCUACUCCUGCAGGGUCUGUGUGACCACAGCAUCUGAGGGCCCAGGUGGAUCCAGUCCCAGGAAAGUGGGAUGCUGAUCCCUCUCAGGUGAGUAUGACUCGGGUCAGAGUCCUGCACCCUCAGGAUCCAAGGGCCUCUUCCUCCUCCAGAGGCAUAGCACCCUCUUGACCUUUGCUCGGUAUAUCACUAGGUCCCAGCAGCUGCAGAAAGGGAGGCCGGGACACGGCUCAGGAGUGCCACUCGCUGGCAGCGGGAGCCAGAAGACUGGCAUUCCCAGCAUCAGACAAAGGCCUGUUGAUCUUUGACCCCCACCUCUGCAGGAGACUUGGCCCUCCCUCCCGCCUGCCUUCAUUUCUUCUCUGCUGCCCUCGCCUUCGAUUCUGUCUCCUCAUUCCCUGGCUCUCUUGCUCUGACUAAAAGUUUUUCCCGGCUUCUUGCCCAAACCAAUCCUUCCAUGCUGUCUUCAAGCCCUACUUCCUGCACAUCUCCCAACCCGGACAAGGAGAAUCCAAGUAAGAAGGUCCAGUGGGCUUCUAGGAGGAGCAGGAGGACGUCAUCCACAGACUCAGAGUCAAAGUCCCAGCCCGACCCCUCGAAAGUGUCCAGGUCCCGGAAACCCAGCCGGCUGACGGUGAAGUAUGACCGGGGGCAGCUCCAGCGCUGGCUGGAGAUGGAGCAGUGGGUGGACGCCCAGGUUCAGGAGCUCUUCCAGGAUCAAUCAACUCCUUCUGAGCCUGAGAUCGACCUGGAGGCUCUCAUGGAACUAUCCACAGAGGAGCAGCACACUCAGUUGGAGGCUAUUCUCCAAAACUGCCCCCGCCCCACAGAGCCUUUUAUCUCUGAGCUGCUCAGUCAACUCAAGAAAUUUCGGAGACUCAGUCGGCCUCAGAAAUAAGCCUUGUGAGACUACCUUCAUCAGUUUCAGCACUGCCAGGUCUGCUCUGAACCCCUGGAUCCUGGGCUGAGAGGGAAACAGCUCCUUGGGACACAGACAAGGAACAUGGAGAAUGAGGAGAGACAUUUGGACACCCCUGUCUAUGUGCAAUCACAGCUAGUUCCUGUCAGCUGGGCUUUCUGGGAGCCAGUCAUGGAUGUUGCCCAGUGCUUUCCUUGGCAGCCAAGUGGAUAAAACCUUCAGGAGCCCCA